CUAGCAGAAUAUUCCCGAUUGGCCGUUGAAAGAGGAAAUGCGCGCAUUACGCAGCUGGUGCAUAAAACACAGGAGCACCGAUCUCAAAUUCCAUUCGUCGGCUAGCUCAGCAAGUCAAAAUGACUGACUCGUCUUCAUCAAUGGCAGAUAUCGAGUCCAGCUAUGUCGAUCCAAUGUGUGCUGAGAUUAUUGUGGUACGUCACGGAGAAACCAAGUGGAAUGCUGAUGGAAGAAUUCAGGGACAUCUGGACGUUGAAUUGAAUGAAGUUGGGAAGCAGCAAGCGGCCUCAGUGGCUGAUCGGUUAUCCAAGGAGCCUAAGAUAUCUGCUGUAUAUUCUUCUGACUUGAAGCGAGCUCUUGUGACUGCAGAGAUAAUUGCAGCCAGUUGUGGUGGGCUAGAGGUUAUCAAAGAUCCGGACCUGCGGGAAAGACAUUUAGGGGAUCUCCAAGGCCUUGUGUAUCGUGAAGCAGCCAAACUUAGCCCUAAAGUUUACCAGGCCUUUUCGUCUCACAAGAAAGAUCAAGAUAUCCCAGGUGGUGGAGAAAGUCUCGAUCAACUUUAUCAAAGAUGUACAUCGUCAUUGCAGAGAAUCGCUAGGAAGCAUAAAGGAGAGCGAGUUGUUGUGGCCACACAUGGAGGUGUAAUCAGAGCACUCUACAAGCGGGCUUGCCCGAAUGGAAGAUCUGUAGGGAAGGUACUGAAUGCAUCCGUCAACAUAUUUCACCUGUUUGAUGGGGACAAGUGGACCAUAAAAACUUGGGGCGAUGUUAGUCAUCUCAAACAAACGGGAUAUCUGAACUCAGGUUUUGGUGGGAGUGCGACUUCCGGUUAAUUCACAUGAUUAGCCUGCAAUUUUUCAGCCGACUAGUUCAAGUAUAUAACUUCAAAUAAUUGGCAUUCUAAAAGGGGCACCAUUUGUAGCAAUUCUUUAUCUGAUUUGGCAUUCAGGGGUCGAGAGUAAUGCGAGCUAUGUCAGCAUUGGCUUAAAUUCUAUCUUCAUAAUCUGAAUACAGUGUCUGAAUCAGUUAAUAUGACCAGUACAAAUGGUUCAUGUGAUUCAUGGAUGGUUUGGUGGCUGGUGCUAUGGCUUUAUACUCACAUGCAUAACAUAUUUUCAGGUGUAUGAAUAUUUGUGAAUGAUCUUAAAUUAAUUUUCGAAAGUAUACCGAUUACGGUA